ACCUCCUCUUCUAAUUCAUCUCCUGUCCCCGAUGCUACCCUGCUCCUCUGCUGGGAGAGUGCAGCUGGCUCUCCUGUUAGGCACCUGUGUGUUAGGGAGCAGCUCCAGUCUGCAAGGAGAGUAGAGAGAAUGAGUGAAUGGACUAAAUUUUUCUCAGGGAUAAUUUCAUUGAUUUCCAUGGAGUUACACCAGGAAUAAGCUCAGUGUACUCUGUGCAAAGGACUUUCAAGAUAUAAAGCACUGUCUAGAUGCUAGUUUUUGAAGAUGAUGGAAACAUGGUACAACUGCCUGGCGGGAAGUUCCAAAUGGGAGCAAAUUCACCUGACAGUAAAAAUGAAGGGCCUCUCCAGGAAGUGACAGUGAAGUCAUUUGGUAUUGACAAAUAUCCUGUCACCAACCGGGAUUUCAGGGAGUUUGUUCGAGAAAAGAAGUAUAAAACUGAAGCAGAAGCCUUCGGCUGGAGCUUUGUCUUUGAGGAUUUUGUAUCCAAAGAGCUGAAAAAAAAAGUGACCCAAAAACUGGAGUCUGCCCCUUGGUGGUUGCCGAUUGACAAUGCAUUUUGGCGACAGCCAGCAGGUCCAGGAUCUGGGAUAAAAACCAAGCUGGACUACCCCGUGCUACACGUGAGCUGGAAUGAUGCACAGGCAUACUGCAAGUGGAAAGGGAAGAGACUCCCUACUGAGGCAGAGUGGGAAUUUGCUGCAAGGGGAGGACUAGAGAGCAGAGUAUAUCCUUGGGGGAACAAAUUUCAACCAAAUCGUACAAAUCUCUGGCAGGGAAUCUUCCCAAAGAUUGAUACGGCAGAAGAUGGUUACCAUGGUGUUUCCCCAGUGAACGCAUUCUCUCCUCAGAACAACUACGGGCUCUAUGACCUAUUAGGAAACACCUGGGAAUGGACUGCAUCAGAGUAUCAACCUCAUGGACCUGUAUCAAGGCAGCGUGCCCAGAAAAUGCACGUCCUGCGAGGUGCAUCUUGGAUUGACACAGUGGACGGAUCGGCCAAUCACAAAGCUCUUGUUACUACUAGGAUGGGAAACACACCAGACUCUGCCUCAGAUAACCUGGGUUUCCGCUGUGCUGCCCACAUCCUGAGUCGGAAAACGGAGAGUAAAACAGAGCUGUGAUGACAUCACUUAUUGGAAUGGUCCUGAGAUGUUUUCUCCCGUGGAGACGCCAGCGAUUCCCUGCAGCUAUGUUGGAUCGAAGUUUGGCGAGUUUUAAAAAUAAACAUUUGCUACUAAUGGUCAGUGUCAGAGUGGAGGGUGUAGACACUGAAGGUG